AUGACCUACUGGACUUUGAUCUCUCCCAAUUGUUCUUACUACCUAUCUUCAUCCCCCACUCCAGCCAUCAACAUGCGGUACGCGGACUGGGACGUUCUCCUUUUCCAACAAAACUCCGCUACUCCUCUGCAAGAAUUCAAGGUUGCAUGUUACGUUGUCCAUGAUACAGAGUCUUUGAAUCCGCAAGCUCUUGGUGUCCCAACAGUUACAUGUUUCGUCCCAAGCCUCGAACCCGGCACUCCCUUCCAGAUAUCCAUUCACUUGUGGAAGAAACCACAAAACGAUCAAGUCGUCGACAAAGAGCAUUCUGCGAUUAAUGCUAGACUUUUUAUCGAUGGGAGUCUUGUGACUUCCACGUUUGCUAAUCUAGAUAUCACCUGGCCGUGUGUCGUGUCGCGCACAGAUGGAAAGCAAGUUAUCGGAUUUCCCAUAUUCCAGCAAGAGCUUCUGUAUCAGCGACACUGGAGCGCAGCCGAUAACCUUGGCCGUAUCAAGCUUGUCAUCAGCGAGGGCAACUAUGAUGAUUCGCAAGACAAAAUGACUUUCCAAAAAGCUAACAACCUUGUCGUCUUUUCCUUCCAGCAUGCACCUCAAGAUGUUCUCGAACACUUGGAGAUUGCAUGGCCCAAUCCAUCCAUGUGGCGGCGACUACAGCAAUCUUCUACACCAUCACAAGCAAGUAGCAAUUCCGACAUUAAGGACCAAAUCGUGCAGCCUUAUACAUUCCAAGGUCAAGCAGCUUCUGAGUGCACUUUCAUUCGCCCUGGAACUCCUUCAUUCUACUUGGAUGACCCGUCCACCUGCUCAAAUGCUCCGAUGAACGCAGCAAUGCCAUCCUGGGGACAUAUUGUUCCACCGCACAAUCAGAACAUGACGCCACAUAUGUCAACUCCCGAGCUGCGAUUUCGCAAAGAGGAUUUUGAACAGAUCGCACCAUGGCCAGGCUCACCCAUGUUCGCCAACGCUGCGCUUUCAUCGCUUCAUCAAACUCAACAACAGGUGUUGCAGCAGAUGUACACCCCAUCCAACGGCAGUGUUCCCAUACCUCCAGUCCGACUUCAAACACAGAGUCCUGCAAUCCACGAGUCAAUCAAAUUCGGCCGAGGGACUACUGCAGAGAAUCCUGCCAGACUUCUUUUCGGCCCUCCGGCUCACAACUCACAACAGCGCUUCUACUCGGAGACGCCAAAGAGACCGGGCAAACGAGCCCGCGCUGACACUCCAAAAUUUGAAAACUCCCUCGAGGAGGACUAUGGACAUCAGAAAAUCGGUGCCCAAUCCAACUGA